CUGGUGCGUACCAAGGGUGCCUUGGGUUUGGGCACAAGCAGUGGCAGUCGCUAUAAAGUGACUGCUCGCUGUGUACCGGAAGUUAGUAUAACAUCACCCGUAACACCACCCACAGAGAGUCAAUACGGUUGUGGCAGUAGUACAACUAGUAGUAGUUGUAAUCGUAGUAAUAAUAGUUGUAGUCAUAAUCAUGUAACAGCAAUAGCAACAACAACAACAACAGUAGGCCCCUCAUCAACACCUCCAACACAACCACAAGCAACCACAAUAACAACUUCAACCACUACUCCUUCAUCUGUUAGUUUUUCACAAAAUCAAUUCUAUAGUUUUCCCAACAACACCGCCACCAAUACCAACAACAUCAACAACAUUUACAAUAAUAAAAACAACUAUAAAUUAAACAACAACAAUAAUAAUAACAACAAAAUCAACAACAUUAAUAACAUCAACAACAUCAAGAAUUUGAAGAAUACAAUAUCAAAUCAGACAAACAGUAAAAGUAAAAGUAACUUUGAUUGCUUGUCCCAUCAUACAAACGAAACUAAUUCCACAAUUUUAUCCUCAGGAGCGACUUUAGUAGAGGAGGAGGAUUUCAAUGAACUUACCGCCGUACCCACAACAGCAACAAACGCAACGCCAGCAGCCGCAGCAGCUACAACGCCAGCAAACAUUGUGAUAGCAGCCAACAACAGCGCAACAACCACCAUCAAUAACGACUCGACUAAAGGGAACAAUCGCAAAGUGUCCAGACAUUUGCCACCAUUGAAACUGCAAAGUAAUUGCGAGCCUAGCUCAAUAACGCCUUCGGCUGGUCAGGGGCCCUGUUCGACAAUUGCAGCCACCGUAAGAAAUGUGUUGCAACGUCAACAGGCCUCUUCAACAACAAGUCCAACUCAACAACAACAACCAACAAAAUCAAAACGUACGGCCACGACAUCGAAUAUAACCGCUCCAAAGAACGACGACGAUUUCCAUACACAAGCCAACGAGCAUACGCCUCUGUUCUCGGAUCUUCAACGUAACCAGCAACAGCUCACGCAAACGCCUCCUACAUCGGCUAACGCUUCUACGUUAGCAUCGCCCAACAAUAGCAUAAUUGCGCAAUAUCAAACAAACGUUUUAAACACCACCGGCGUUGCUGCCUCUACUGCCAUACCCAAUUACAACAACAGCACAAGCACCACCAACAGCAACCACACCUUUAGUACUACUGCUGCUACUACUGCAACCACUACCACCUAUUCGCACAAUUCGAAGACAACACGUUCCUGGCCAGUGAUCUAUCGCAAUCCCCAUCACUACGACUACGAGGCCCUUUAUGCCCCCAACGCCGCCAACUCGAGAGCAAACUAUUAUCAGCAGCAGCAACAAUACGUGGCACCUUCAGUAACUUUUAAACAGAACUGCUAUUCGAAUCAAUUCAAACAGUCGAUUAUCUAUUCGUCCAGCAAUGAGGACUUAACUACCAUCAAUGAAUGUGCGUCAGCGGAUGGUGUGGUGGCAAAUGGUAAUGGUGGUAGAAGCAGCAGUGGCAGCAGCAGUAUUUUUGGUGGUGGCAAUAGCAAUCCUAGUUGCAGUAAUCUACAGAAACUUAAUCAACAACAGCAACAACAAACGACUUGUUACUACUUCUCACCCUCACGCCAUAAUAGCAUUUAUGAACAUCCCUCGGCUGUUGUUGCCAGCUCACUGCAAUUCGAUCCUCAUACCUCAGCGGCGACAACAGCAGCUGCUGCCGCUGCCGUUGAGUCUAUACGACGUAGCAAUAGUAUUCUGUUGCGCAAUAGCAGUUGUUCCUCGAAAAUUAUGCAUCAAACGGGAGGCGGCAAUUUAGACAGUCCCACCUCGCUCAAUUCGGCCAUGGAUGUGACCAGUAAUGUUGGCUCCUCAUCAUGUUGCUCAAGCUGUUGCAUGGGUCCACCGCCUGUGCUUUUCCUAUUUGUAACUCUACUGAUGACAACCAGUGCUACAGCAAUGCUUUGCGCCGCCAUUAUGACCGAUCAUUGGGAACAUGUUAAAUGGGAUCGUAUUAGUCUGGAUCGUUAUUCGAAUCGUUCAAAUCUACAGCUCGAAUGGAUAAUGGAGGAUAAGGUGGCGAUGUUGAAACCGGAUAAGAGAGCCGAUCAUCGUUUUCGUCGUGAUAAUCUAUUUUUGGUGCCAAUGCAUGGUGGCAUUUGGACUUUAUGUAUAGAUCUUCCUCUGCAUGAAAUACAAGAACUGAGACGACAUCCAAAAUUUCCCCGUAGCGCACCGACAUGCCUUAACUAUUUGGCGGGCUCAACGGAAAAUGCACGAGGCGAGGAGCAGCGCAACGAUUGGCAACAUAGUGAGUCACAGACCACAUUGCAGCCUCAUUUAAGUACGUAUGGUACAAUCUAGGUGUAAAAUUUCAUGUCUCUCUAUAUAUAUCUGUCUCUCUCUCUCUAUUUCUCUUUAUAUACAAAAAAUAAUGACUUUCAAAUCUAAUUAAUUACUAACUGAGUAACACACAUACACUUUGAUAAAUGUUUGUAUCUAUGUACAAUGUAUGUAUGUUAGGAGUACUAGCGGAAAUUAGCGGGAAAAAUUUAAGGGUCUUUACUUAUGAUUACUUUAUGUAAUGGCUUCUACGGAAAGGUCUAAAAAAUUUAAUACCUUUUUAAGAGAUUCCUCUUAAUAUUAAAACCUUUUCUUUCUUUUCCUGCACAAAUAAGAAAUUCCUUAGAAAUAGAAUGGAAAGAUUUGGUCUUUGUUUAGUAGUAAGACCUUUUGGUUGACCUUUAAAUUUUUCACCGCUGUAACUGGUACUCCAUCCUAUAGUAUGUGUUAUUUAAUUGUGAUUAAAAACUCUCUAAUCACAUUUUAAAUGUUGUGUAAAAACACCUUAUAAUAGAAGAAAAGGAUACAUGUAAGAAAAUGUGUUUUUUAUAGAACGAAAAAAAAUUAAGGAGAAAACGUUUAAAAUAUUUAUUGUAAAACUUACAUAAUUAGUAUUAGUGAGAAAUGGUAUUUCCGUAAUAACAUCACUUUCAAGAUAUUUUGAUUUAAUUUCGACGAAUGCCUGGCAGUGGCAAAGUAAGUGCUGCAGAGUUUUACUGUCCUCUCCACAUCUUUAUUUCUCUGAAUCUUCAAUUUGCUUAUUUGGAAAAGAUUUCUCGUCUUGCUUCCAUCAGGGUCACCCCAUAGAAUCAUAAUGAUUCUGUAUACAAAUGGUUCGGCAUUCAGCAAGUUAACUACAUCGUGCUCCUUUCAUUUUAAAGCAAUUACAUUCCCACAUCGUUUCCGACUACUUCCGAGUGGCCUGGUACCCGUAUGAUGUAAACUUUACCUCUGGGAGAAUGUUCAGUUAAAGCUUUUUUACAAUCCAAUACGGUCUUGGAUUUUAUUCUAUCACCUGAUAUCGCCCUAAUUGCCUAAUUGUUAAUCCGAUUUACUUCCGUUAUUGCUCUGACUUCCUGUUUUAUGAAACCUGGUUUAUGAUUAGGUAAACGGUAGCAUAUUGCUGUUUCUGAGUCUUUAAUAUAGAACCCAAGGAUAACUUUUUUUCCAAUUUAAAGGUAUUCGUGUAGUAACGAAUUCCUGCUGGUAUUUGCACUAAUGUUCCGCUUGACCAAGACAGUGUUCAGUGUUUCAAAGUUUCCGACAUAUCCUGUGUCUGGUAGGUGUUCAGGCUCGUCCGAUGAUUGUCCAAUGUGUCUAGUAUACAUUAAGGAAGGACAUGUAUCAUAAACGCUUUUUUCUCGUUCGCUAAGAAUCAGUAUACGUAGAAAGAUUUUCAUCUUCGAGUUAAUAUUAAGGCCUCUCAGUGGAACCCGUUUUUUUAAUUCUUUGUUACAAAUCCUCUUUUCAACUGCAUCAAGAUGGCAUUUACUUUUAGGUUUUGCUAAGUUAACAUGGCAGUUUACUUGUACGUAAACACUCAGGAAGAAUCGAAAGGACAUCGUUUAUGCAAGGCCACGCCCCUUGCAUGAUGGAAAAUAUUGGGCUGGGUUACGUGUAUUGCUCACUAAUAAGUGGAUUGCGUGCUAGGAUACCCUUAGAAUUGCCAUUCCCUUAUAUUGAUAGUUUAUACAUAAUGGUUUUCCUGCUAAAUUUCGUUGACUAUAUGGUUCUUGCAGGAGCCAAGAGAACUACCCGGUUUUUCUAAAAAUCCGAUCAUAUUUAUUAGUGCCGCACCUCUGAGAUUAUGUUCUUGUAAGGUCGUCCAGCGAUUAAACAUUAAAAAGAUGUUUACUCAUUCGAACUGUAACAAAAGUUACGUUAAGAGUCCUUUAUAGUACUCACUACUUUCAGAGUUAAGAACACGUGUCAACUGGUAACCAGUUCAUUAUAGUUAACAUAUCAAUUGUUGGCGCCAUCUUGCCAGUAACAAUUGAAUUCUAUUGCCUGCCACCACACCACAAAAUCAAGUUGAUACCUUUAGGAUUAACGGCAUAGUUAGGGUAUUCAUAUUUUAGUAUAGUUUAAUGGCAUGACCAAUUAGCUUAUUCCAUUCAACUUUAAGGGCAUGAAUUAUUAUGUAAAAAGGAACAAACUUAAGGCCAAAGGAAACGCUCCACUUUCCCAGCAAAUGUCAGCGUAAUAGAUAAUCUAUUUACAACUAAUUCAUGAGGGCAGACAGAACUCCUUACCUAAGGUGUCCACGUCUAGCAAGUCUUGAGGAUCUUCUUAAUAAACUGCUGAGUUUGUUGACCAUGAACUCGUUCAAGAUUCUCGAGAAGAAAAGACGCAUGACUGAGUAGUACAUAGAGUCCUUUGGUUUAGUAUGUGAUGUAUUUCUGCCAUUAGGAAUAAAGAUUAGAAUUUUUCAAUGUCUUUUUAAGUCAGUAGAGAAGAUAGAAUUCCCAACUAAGUUGUGCCACGUCUAGCAAGUCUUGAGACUUUUUAAAGAGGAUCUUCGUAAUGAACUGCUAAGUUUGUUAAUCCCAAACUCAUUCAAGAGACUUAAGAAGAAAUAACGCCUAACUGAUUUCUUUUCCAAAGAAUAUUUCAAGCAUUUGUCAAGUUUUGUCCACACCUUUAGAUUGUCGAUAUCUGGGCAAAAUAAUCCUUCAUAGUUCAGUAGUUUAGAGUUUCAGUUAUGUCACCCAAACAAUUCCUUAAAGUUCUUUCUUAUAGUCCCACAGUUUAUAGUUUUAGUUGUGAUGUGAUCAAGUCCUUAUUUGCAGUCUUAUAUUGUUCACUCCUUUAGUCCAGUUCAGUGCUUUAAGAAGAAAUUUCCUUUGACCUAAAGUUUGUAGAUUUUGAAGUAAUUUUUCCAUUGUUAGUUAGAAAACAUUCGUAAAGUAGUUUUAUUUCAACUUUUUCCGAAAAAUAUUUCCAGAAUUUGUCUAGUUUUGUCCAUUCCUUUAGAUUGUCGAUAACUGGACAUAAUAAUUCUUCAUAGUCCAGUAGUUUAGAGUAUCAGUUUUGUCUCCAACAUUUUCUUAAAGAUCUUUCUUAUAGUCUAGCAGUUUAGAGUUUCAGUUGUGAUGUAAACAAGUCCUUAUUUGCAGUCUUAUAUUGUUCACUCCUUUAGUGCAGUCCAGUGCUUCGAGAAGAAAUUUCCUUUGACCUAGGGUUUGUUGAUUUUGAUAUAAUUUUUCCAUCGUUAGUUAGAAAACAUUCGUAAAUUAGUUUUAUUGCAAUUUUUCCGAAGAAUAAUUGAAGAAUUCGUCAAGUUUUAGUUUUGUCCACUUCUUUACAUUUCCGUUAUCUGGCCAAAAUCCUUCAUAGUUCAGCAGUUUACAGUUUCAGUUAUGUCCUGAACAAUUCCCUAAAGUUAUUUCUCAUAGUCCAGCAGUUUAGAGUUCCAGUUGUGAUGUAAACAAGUCCUUAUCUGCAGUUUUUUACUGUUCACUCCUUUAGUCCAGUCCAGUCCAGUGCUUUGAGAAAAUAAUAAAUUCAUAGUUUUAGUUAAGAAUUUUUUUAAUAAAAAACUUUAUUUAAAUAUUUUAAAUUUUUUGUUUGUUUUAUACGCUUAUUAACUAUUUGUGUAAAAAUAUUUUAUGUUGUGUAUGCACUACUUCAACUUAAUAAGUUGAUGCAGUAAUUUGCAUUAUUUUAUUUGAAUAAAAAUAUGAAUAAUUUAUUAAUAAUUAUUAUAAGAGAAAAAGAAAAAAAGAAGGACACAAACAGGACAACAAAACUUACUGUUUUUAAGUAGCAAAAUGAAAAUUAAACAAAAAUAUAUAGAUAUUUUUUCAUAAUUUUAGAGAAAUUAUUGAAAAAAAUGAAGAGGUCUUUAGGACAUUUGUUAGUGUUAGGAUGCAGCAGACUCUGGCAGUUGAUAGGAAAAAUAGUAUUAAUAUAUGAAGUAGAAAAGGGGGAAUUAAUUUUUACAUAAAGAAAAAAGUUGUUUAAGGAAAUGAGAAAUAAAUUAAAGUUUUUCACUUUUUCUAGAGAUAAAAUGUUUAAAUUGAAAAAUAAAAGAAACAAAACAACAUUUCAGUGUGAAACAGAAAAUGUAUAUUAUUAAGGAGUUAAAAAAAACACACACACAAACAAAACCAGGAGAAGUAGGGGGCCAUUCACACAACUGGAAUGCAGUUAAUUUAUGAGCAUAUUGUGUAGAUAACAUUUUGUAUUUUUUUUUCAUUUUCUUCUCUCGCUCAAUAUACAAAUGAAAAUUAAUAUUAAUAAAAAUAAGAAACAGACACACACAGA